AUGAAGUCAGGAGAGGGGUCAUGGCUUAUGGACACUGAGCCGAUCUCACGAAGCCCGAGCUACUGGAGCGAUCGCGACAAGAAACCCCCAACUGUCGUUGCGUUGGAAGAUCUGAGAACCGGGCCUUUCAGUCCCGAAAUCACCUAUAAUUACGUCUAUAAUGGAAGCGAGAACUACAUUAUCGCUGACAACGGCGCCAAUAACGGCCACGUACAAAACAGCAACGAUGGCUUUCUAACCAAGGCAAGAUCGAUCAGUGGCCUACUAUGGAUAUUCGGCAUCUUCAUUCUCUUCAGUUUUCUCUACUGUCUCUUCAUUUAUUUCGUAUUGAUACGACGCAUCGUGAUCGUCGGAUCUACCAUUUUCGACGCGUCCACGACCAAUUUGCUGGUAUCCAUCUUCUCCCAGGUAUCUGCUCUCCUUUCUGAUACCGCCUUGCGGAAUGUCUUGUCAUCUCUGCGGGUUCAUUGGGCCGCCAGCCCAACAGGCACAUCGGCCUUCACCUGGUACGGAUUAGGACCGUCAUCGCAAUGGUGGUCUACAGCCCAGUUGACUGUCGCAUCGUACAUGUUGAAUGCAUGGUGCAUGGCUAGACUGGGCUUACCGCUGCUCAAUCUGGGCUUCGGUUCCGUUUUAAAAUUCCGAGCAGACUUCGAAUACUACUUCGUUCCUGGCACGACCGAAAUGCCCGUCUUUGCCGGCCUGAUACCUAUCGACAUCAGAUUGAUUGAUAUGCUACAGGCGGCUGAACUAGCCCAAUACUAUGCCACGUGGAGUUCGAGCUUGCAGAGCAACAGCAGAUACGCGGUCGAGACAAGGAUGGAAGGGUGUGAGACCGACUGCCGGGCUCUCAUCUGGCCUGGGGGGCUUCAGACCGUCCGCCAGAUCAGUAACGUUUUGAACAGUUCCAUAAUGCACGAUGGCAUCUUCAAGAACGACGAAGCAAUCAAGAUCGAAGAUGCGCCUGGUUUCAUCACCACUUUUAGUGGGCUGGGUUCAAAUUUCACAUUCGAUGUGGAGAAGGAAUGCGCUCUUGGGGGACAAUUGGUCGACGAUGGCAUCAAGAUAUGCGUGAAACAGGUGGGCUUAGACGUCGCAGUUGGUUGGGCGACUUGUCCUCAGGCUAUUUUUGACGCCAAGAAGUGUGACAUUGAUGAAGAAUGGAAGCAGGAUGGGAUAAAGUCGCAAACCAUGAUGAGCGCCUACAAGCAAUUCGCAACCACCACAUACAGCCGGGCCAAUCUCUCGAUCCUACAUGUCGAGCCAAUAGAUACGCCACAGCAAAUUAAGCUGAACGGAACGGACUACCUCAAGAUUUUCAAAACCCUCUUGAUACCCAAGCCUGGCGGCAAGGCGUUCGACAACACUAGCAUCGCUUCGCUCACAUACACUAUUGGCUGGGCUCACCGUAUCUACGGCGAGUUCUUCCAAGACGAAGAUGGAACCCUGAUUUCGACUCUGCAGAAUAUGAUGGCGAUCCCGUUCCAGUUUGGCAUCACGGCAAAGCAGCAGGCGAACCACACUCUGACCGUCAAGCCGAACCUCAUCCCGAUCCUGGGAGAUUUUGCUGUGCCCGAUGAGAUGAGAGCCAUGGCAAAGGGAGGCUCUUCAAGACAGCGGCUUCGGAUCCAGAACUGGACCGGAUGGGCUUUUAUCGCAGGCGACUUAGUGGUGUUUCUUCUGGUGCUCUCGGGGAUUUUCACCAUUCUCCGCACCCACCGACCGCUCCCUAUGUCCACGUCGUUGACGGAACUCGAUGCGUUGGUGGAUGCGGAUAGGCUUGUGUGUAUCAAGGAGGGCGAGAAGAUCUCUCUGAGUGAACUGCCGGUCGUGGUCGAGACGAGGUCACCGAUGGGGCUCGCUAGAUCAUUACGGCCGUGGCGGAUGAAGUAUAAAGAUUAG